AUUUUGACAAGCACGUGUUUACGUUUCUUUCACUUGGUGGCUCAUUUGUAGUUUUUAGCAACUCGUUUGCCGAUUUUCUAUAAAAACGUAACAUAGAAUCAUAAGCAUGGAAGAGGAAGGUCCUCAGGAAGCCAGCAUUGACUUUGUGCCAGCCCUUUGCUUUGUGCCACGCGGUGUUGCUAAGGAGCGCCCCGAAAAAAUUGUACUCACACAGUCGGAACUGGCUCGUAUUAUUGAUGAAACAAGAAGCCAUCUGCAAGAUGAGGGUGAAUAUGAUGAUGACGAGGAUGAAGACAACGAAGACGAAAUGGAAAUAGAUAACGAACCAGUACCCGGUGGUGGGAAUCGCAAUGAAGGCGAUGAAUUUGAUUUCGCUAACUACGACAACGAACAAGCUUCCAAUACGGCUGAUAUUAGUGCUGUUGUUGAUCCCACUGAACAAUUGCCGGAUGAAGACAAUGAUUCCGAAGCAGAGGACGAAAUUAUUAAGCCAACUGACAAUUUAAUAUUGGUAGGUCACGUGCAAGACGAUGCUGCAUCUAUGGAGGUUUGGGUGUUUAACGAGGACGAAGAAUCGUUGUAUACACAUCAUGAUUUCAUUCUUCCUAGUUUUCCACUGUGCAUUGAAUGGCUGAAUCACGAUCCAGGAAGCGAUAAAACAGGCAACAUGUGUGCUAUUGGCUGUAUGGAUCCUGUUAUUACCAUUUGGGAUUUAGAUAUACAAGAUUCUAUGGAGCCCACUUUCAAAUUGGGUUCGAAAGGAAGUCGCAAAAAUCAUAAAGAAGCAUUUGGCCAUACAGAUGCCGUUUUGGAUCUCUCUUGGAAUCGUCACUUUGAACAUAUACUUGCGAGUGGUUCUGUGGAUCAGACUCUAAUUCUUUGGGAUUUAGAUGAAGGACAACCACACACCACCAUAACAGCAUUUGAAGAAAAGGUGCAAUCGGUGGAGUUCCAUCCAGAUGAGGCACAAAGUAUUUUAACGGGAAGUGCGGAUGGUGUUGUACGUUUGUUUGAUUGCCGAAAUGCUGAUACAGUUGACAGUGAUUACGUUAAAUGGAAAAUACCUGGCGAAGUCGAAAAAGUGUUGUGGAAUCCGAGUGAUACCAAUCAUUUCGUUAUUGGCGCAAACGAUGGAAGUCUGCACUAUGCGGACCGCAGACAGCCGAAUAAACUGCUGUGGUCUGUUAAGGGGCAUGAAGAAGAAAUAUCAGGUGUUUGUUUUAAUAAAGCUGUGGCCAACUUGUUGACAUCCACAUCGACGGAUGGUAUGUUGAAAGUGUGGGACUUCAAUGUCGGUGCCAUCAAAGAAGUAUAUUCUCAUGACUUCCAAAUGGGGCGGUUGCAAUGCAUGAAACAAUGCCCGGAGAAUCCUUUUACACUUGCGUUUGGAGGCGAAAAGCCGCCACGAUGUCGCAUCUACAAUAUCAAAAACUUUGAAGUGGUGAGGAAGGUUUUCAAAAUACCUGAAGUUCUGCAAUGAACGCUUCCUAUUUAGAUAUAAUAAAUAGAAAUGUGACAGUGAUUUCAGUUUUUAUUAAAGUGUAAACAGACUUUAUUAUUUUUAUUGUUUUCCAUUAUACAAAAAAUAAA